AUGGCUUAUAAAGAUAUUGUACCAGUUGGGACUGGUCUCAUCAUCAGUGCCACCUCGUUUGGACUCGGGGUGAUUUAUUCUAAUUUACCUUACGAUUUCGGAACCUUGUGGAAUUAUGAUCCCACCGGUAAAGCAUUUGAAAAAUCUUUGGCUCACUACACAACUUGGGCAGAAGCGCCAAUGUUUGUCCACCAUAUCUUACAUUUCGUGUUUUUCCUUGGUUUGGUCGGUUGCUUUAUCAAGUUGUACAAACCAAUUGAAGAUGCUAAGUAUUUCGAAUAUGGUACUUUGGGGUUGGUGAUGAUAUCAAUCAUUAUUUAUUUGACCAAUUUGAGAGUCGGGAUCAACAGUUGUUCCAGUGGUGAUUGGGGCGAGGUCGAUAUGCCUACCGGUAUCAACGUCAUGGCUGCUAGUCAAGUAAUGAUGAUUGUCGCCUUGAUUGGGGUUCUUGUUUUACAAGGUGGGUUAUACUACGCUAGUUGGUACGAUGAAAAAUUGAAAAAAGAAUUCUUCGAACAAGAAGCCGCCGAAGCCGCCAAAGCCGCCGAAAAGGUCGAUAAACCUGAAGAACCUGUCUCUGCUUCCAAAUCCUCUGGUAGCUCUUCUGGUAAUACUAAACCAAAAAAGAGAUCUAAGUAG